CGCGCUUCCUAGUCGGCCUUGUCCUGUAAACAGAAGGACCCGCUGCGACAACUUCUGCUUCCGGGUCACGCCUUGACAGCGGCUUUCGCCUCCCAGCUCAGCCUUGCGGUUCGGCAGUUUGGAGCAUGUGAGCAUAUUCUGAGCCUUGAUGAGUUCCAGUAUGUGGUAUAUUAUGCAGAGCAUUCAGAGCAAAUACUCUCUCUCAGAGCGCUUAAUCCGAACAAUUGCUGCCAUCCGUUCCUUCCCACAUGAUAAUGUAGAGGACCUCAUCAGAGGGGGAGCAGAUGUGAACUGUACCCAUGGCACACUGAAGCCCCUGCACUGUGCCUGUAUGGUAUCAGAUGCUGACUGUGUGGAGUUACUCCUGGAAAAAGGAGCUGAGGUGAAUGCCCUGGAUGGUUACAACCGAACAGCCCUCCAUUAUGCAGCUGAGAAAGACGAGGCUUGUGUGGAGGUCCUGUUGGAGUAUGGUGCAAACCCCAAUGCGCUGGACGGCAACAGAGACACUCCACUUCACUGGGCAGCCUUUAAGAACAACGCCGAGUGCGUGCGUGCUCUCCUAGAGAGUGGGGCCUUUGUCAAUGCCCUGGAUUACAACAAUGAUACACCUCUCAGCUGGGCUGCCAUGAAGGGAAAUCUUGAGAGUGUCAGCAUCCUUCUUGAUUACGGUGCAGAGGUCAGGGUCAUUAACCUCAAAGGCCAAACACCCAUCUCCCGCCUGGUGGCUCUACUAGUCAGGGGACUUGGAACAGAGAAAGAGGACUCUUGUUUUGAGCUCCUCCAUAGAGCUGUUGGACACUUUGAAUUAAGGAAAAAUGGCACCAUGCCACGAGAGGUGGCCAGAGACCAGCAGCUGUGUGAAAAACUGACUGUUCUGUGCUCAGCCCCAGGAACUCUAAAAACACUCUCUCGCUAUGCUGUGCGCCGUAGCCUGGGACUCCAGUACCUGCCAGAUGCGGUGAAGGGCCUUCCACUGCCAGCUUCUUUGAAGGAAUACCUGUUACUUGUAGAAUAACAUGGAGGAGAUGCUUUUACCCACCACGUAGGCAACUCUGGGUGAGGUUUUCCCCUGCAGUAUUGUCUCUUCACCAUGGAGAGCCAGAAAAGCAGUUGUUCCUGCUGUGUGGUUUAUAGAUUUUGAGGCAACUUGUCACAAUAAUAACCUCCACACCACCUUCCCUCUCCAAACCAACCAACCAAACAAAACAACAACAAAAAAAUCCCUCACUUUUGUUUUCUGUUUAUUGCUUACUUAGCUUUUUAUGUUGCACCCUGCAAAAGAGAGGUCUCCCCCACUCACCCCUUUAGAGUCAACAGUGCAACUGAAUUUUUGUAGGAAGAUGAAAAAUAUUUAAAGAAUGUGUGUUUGAUUUUCCUUCGGGACAUGAUUAACCCUCCAGAAGAAUCUUUCUAGAAUUAUUUUAAUUGGUCUCUGAAGAAACUUAAGAAAAUCACAAUUCCAGAGAACAACAACUGCGACCCAAAGAUGAAGAUACUGCAGUCUCAAAUGGAGUGCAGAUUCAGCAUUGGGCUGGAUGAUACCCCUGGAGUGCCACAUCAUGGGGCAUUCAGAAGGGACUAGCCCCAUCCCCUCCAUCAAAGGAGACAGCAGUCUUUGCCUCUUUUUCAUGGGUGUGCCCAAGGGUUACAGUCGUUCAAUGUUACUUUAAAAGGAUUGUCUUGGCUGCUUGCCACACAUUAGAAGAGAGAGCAAAUUCUAGGCAAUCCUAAGAACUCCUGUUUUCUUCUAAUGUAGCUCUUUUUCUUCCUUAAAGCUAGUUUGCUCUAAUGGGAUUAGCAGGCAUUUCUUGCACCUUAGAAUAAGGUGUUUGCUCUAGCAGGAGAGGAAUAUGGGCUGGGCUGCCUUUUCCCAACAGUCUUCUUCAUUCCCUCUGGAAAGCUCACUCUCCCAAGAGGCUGGAAUUAUUUUUCUUUCAUUUGUUUUGGAAACUUUGCUUUUUAUUGAUCUAUGCAAGACUUGGGGAGGGCGGGAUUGGGGAAGGAGUAGGAAGAGUUACAAGAGCUUCUUUUGAAAUGACCCAUCAACCCCCAAAAUAAUCCAUUUUAGUCAGUAAUACUUAGUCACAAUACUCUUUUCCAUGUUCCUAAACUAGAUCAAGUUGUUAUUGAUCUUAAAUGACCUGUAUGCGAAUUUGAAGAACUUUUUUUUUUUUUUUUUUUUAAGCUGAUUGGGAACCACAAGCAAAAUGAAUGGAAUCUGUUGACACAGCUAAUUGCAAAAAGUAUGUCUGGUUUUGUCCUUUUGCUGUUGGUGUUUUUUGCCCUCUUAAAAAAAGAAGAAAUAAAUAGUUCUAAAACCAAGUUUAGCAGUUUUUACUGUUCCUAUUUUUCUCCACUUUUUCCUACCUGACCCCAGACAUUUCUUCCAUUCCUUCCUGGGUCUUCAGUGCAUCUUUCCAUCCCAACCUCACCCAUCUCAUCCACUAGCAAGUGAUUCAGGGUGAUGGUGAAGUGAACAGGAAGGCCCGGACAGUGUAAUUUGAAGAAGCUUCCCUUUCCUCUCUCCCCCCACCUCCAAUUUGGAAUUUUAUGUUUUCAACCUCGGCUGCACAUUAAAACACCAAGGGAGCUUUUUAAAAACACUGAUGCCAAGGCUUCCUCCCAUAUCAAUUGUCUCAGAACCUCUUGGGGUUGGCUUUGGUGCAUGGGUGGGUUUUUUACAUUUUCCAGAUGCUUCUACAGUGUAGCCUAGGCAUGAGUGAGAACCAUUGUUUUAGUCAAUGGUUCUCAAGCUUAGUUAUUUAUUAAACCCACCUAGGCCCUGGUGGCAUAACGGUUAAGAGCUCAGCUGCUAACCAGAAGGUCAGCAGUUUGAAUCUACCAGCUGCUCCUUGGAAACCCUAUGGUGCAGUUCUGCUGUGUCCUAUACUGUCACUAUGAGUUACAAUCUACUUGAUGGUAACAGGUAGGGCACUUUUUAAAAUACCGUGGCCUGGCUCCACCUCCAGAGAUGGAUUUAAUUGGUCUGAAGUGGGCCUGGGUAUGAGGAUUUUUAAAGGCACCCCAGGUGAUUCUAAUAUUCAGACUAGAUUUACCACUGUUGAGGUGCUAUGUCAUUUCUCAUCAUAGACACUGUUAAUAUUCUGGAGAGGGAAAGUAUUUUAUCCACAUGGGAAAAGAUAUUCGUUAUUUUCUCAUUAAUCACCCAUGCAGUUGGUGGCUGAUAAAUUCUGCUUCACCUCCACUUGAGAGUUUAAACAGCUUCACAUAUCUUUUUCACUCUGGGGAAAUGGCAUUUUCCUUCAUAGGCUUUAUUUUUUAGUGAUGUCUUCGCUAUUUUUUUUUUCCCAGAUAGUAGUAUGAUCAUAAAUUUCUUACCUCUUUACAAAGUGACAUUUUUCCUUUGUGAUUAGUUUUCCAACCAGUUAUCCCUUCCCUCACCAUCAUUUUCUUAAACAUACAGCUCUAGGACUAAAGACAGGAACAAGAACCUAUAAAUUAAUAGCAGAUAGCACUUAAAUGUUAUGUCCCAGAUCUGGAAGAAUGCCUAAACUUUCACUUUGUUUUCAUAGCCCUUGUGGUUUUAGAUUUGAUGUAGCAUGGUAAGGAGAGGCAGGAGAAAUGAAGUCAGAACUGAGUGAGUCGCAGCUUUGGUAAAGACUGUAAGACCUAGGAUAUAAUUAUUUAACCACCCUAAGCCCCAGUGUUCUCACCUCUGAAAUGGGGCUGUUACCCUCCUCCUCAUAAAGCUGUUUCGAGAAUUCGAUGAUAACAUGUAAAAUGCCUAAUACAGUGCUUGAUAUUUAUUCUUAAUUCCUCUUCCCCUUGAAGAAUUGCACAAAGAGCAUUUGGCUGCUUUAAUUACCGAAUCUGACAACAAGCUUCUCAAUCACUAUUCAGAACUGCUUUUAGGGUAGGGCAGUAAUAUUCAUACUUCGGGCAGCUAGCAAAAGUGGUGGGCUGGGAUUAUCCCUUCCUCUGCUCCUUAUGAGGAACACUGGUGUCGCAGUGGUUGGUUAAGCAUUUGGUGGCUAACCAAAAGGUCGGCAGUUCGAACCUCCCACCUCCACGGGAGAAAGAUGAGGCAGUCUGCUUCCUAAAGAUUAUAGCCUUGGAAACCCUAUGCAGCAGCUCUACUCUGUCCUACAGAGUGGCUAUGAGUCAGAAUCUACUCAAUGGCAACAGGUUUGGUUUUUGGUUUUCUAUGGAAGCCCUGGUGGCGUAGUGGUUAAGUGCUACGGCUGCUAACCAAACGGGCAGCAGUUCGAAUCUGCCAGGCGCUCCUUGGAAACUCUAUGGGGCAGUUCUACUCUGUCCUAUACGGUCCCUAUGAGUCGGAAUCGACUCGACAGCACUGGGUCUGGGUUUUGUUUUGAUCCCUUAUACUACCUUGAACUUCAUUUCUGCUUCAACAGGCAAGUAAGGAAACCAUUGGGAGGAAUAUGUGUGCCUGUGCUGAGAGCCAAGAUCUGUGUAUUGGAGGUUAAGCUGAGCAUUAAAGCAGGGCAAUAUCCUGUCAAUUCAGGGUAUAAUCUAUGGUCCUGAUUCCCAGGACCAACUGUAUUACAAAUGGAGUCUGGCUUUCAUCCAGGUAGGAGUACAGGGGAAAAGUUAAGAAGAAACCCCCCUGGGUUGGUAGAGGACAUGUUGUCAGAGAUCUUUGGAUGGCCGAAAAAAAAAAAAAAAAAAAACCCUAAGUAGAGGGUAUAUGGUCAUGAGGUGAUACACGACUUUAUGCUUCAGGGAGAUUGGAGAGUCCUCUUGGGUGCAGGUGAUGCAGGACGGUUUAGUGCAGGAUGAGGACGAGGACCAGCGUAUGAUGUGCUGGGAGCUUGUACAGAGAGCCAAGAUAUGCUACAGAAAAAUCAUCUGAGAGGUAGAUAGAAGUGCAUGAGGUGAUCAAUGGACUGCACUGUCCCACGUGUUCUGUCUGGGCACAGUCAGGUGCAAGGGGCUGGUUGGACUGCAUCCCGCUUGUGAAAAUGAGAACUUAAGGGAACCAAAAGGACAGUAA